AUGGGCACCACGCACUACGUCCUGCUCUGCACUGUCAUCUUCCUGCCUGAGACUCAUGCUUUUCCAACACCACAGAGACCACAGCCAUGGAGCAGCAUAGACCUUGAGAAAGUAAAGGGCUAUCUUGAUAAAUUCUUUCCGAUAUUUACAAAAACAGAAAACCUAAGCAUAGAAGAAAGGAUUAAAGAAAUGCAGAAGUUUUUCCACCUGACUGUAACUGGAAGGUUAGACACAGAAACAGAAAAAGUAAUGGAACUGCCCAGAUGUGGUAUGCCUGAUGUAGCAGGAUACCAAACACCUUCUGGAACUCGAAAAUGGCCAAAGACACAUUUAACUUACAAGAUUCUCAGUUACACACCUGAUCUACCCAAAACGAAAGUAGAUGAUGCAAUUGAAAGAGCCUUGAUGGUAUGGAGUGAUGUGACUCCACUGCACUUCCGAAGAGUCUACGAGAGACAGGCAGAUAUUGAGAUUAAAUUUGCACGUCGUGAGCAUGGUGAUGGAUAUCCUUUCGAUGGAAGAGGUGGCACUCUGGCCCAUGCAUUUGAACCGGGACCAGGGCGUGGUGGAGAUGCUCAUUUUGAUGAUGAUGAAAAAUGGUCAGAGAUCAAUCAAGAGGUCAAUUUGUUCCUUGUCGCUGCUCAUGAAUUUGGCCAUUCUUUGGGACUUGCUCAUUCAAACGUCCGUGGAGCUCUGAUGUACCCUCUCUACUCUUAUCAGAACCCAAAAACCUUCAGACUUCCAGCAGACGACAGGCGAAGAAUUCAGAAGUUAUACGGUGCCAGAAAUGACUGCUGCCAUUUUAUCUCGGAGGAUUCCCAGGAAUUUGUGUCAGCAAAUGACUUAAAUGAAAAAAGUGAGAUUAAGAGAUGA